AUGGCCACCCUGUUCGUGGCGCACAAGAUCGCCGACAGCGCGUGGCCGUUCCGCGAGUGCCUGCUCUUUGGCCUCUACAUGUCCUGCGUCGAGCGUCUCCCCAUGAGCGAUGCGCUCUUCGAAGAAGGUCGGUACCCCGUGAUGACCACAAUGGUGCAGUCCGAGGCGCUCUUUAACGCUGUCAUGACGUGGUGCAUCUUGGGCUACUACCGUUUUAACGACGGCGACGGCCUCGACCCGCUGUUCCCGCUGCAGAACCAGGGUGUAGCGAUGUUAGUGGGCUUCCUGAUGGGCACGGCUACCCUUUGCCUGUUCAAAACCACGUCAGUGUUCAGCGGUGACUCCGCCGUCACCGUGAUCGUUAGCGGCACCUACUUCGUCUACUUCUUCCUCGAAAACCUGCGCAGCUCCGGCGUCACGGGCGUCGUCGUCUACACCAUGACCGUCAACUCGCAUCGGUUCAUCGCCUGCACCGACCUGAUCUACGCCCUCGAAGAUUAUUGGGAUAUGCUGUAUGACGUCACGGGAACGCUGGCUACCUGCGUGUCAGCUUCGUACACCGCCGUGCUUCUGAUCCAGUACGCAUCCACGCUGGACUGGGAGGCCUUGUGGACCUGUUACGUCGUCAAGGCAGCCAUACGGUGUAUGGCAGUGGCGCUAGUGUACCCUGUGAUCGGGCACUACGGCUACCAGGUGACCUUUCGCCAGGCCAUGGUGCUCGCCUGGACGAGCGUCAAGGGGACGUUCCUGGCCUCCAUCGCCACGAUGCAGCACAUGCGGCGCGAGAACGUUUACACGGAGAGCAUCACCAAGGUGUCACGCUGCGCGUCCUACCUGUACGCAAUUGGUGACAUGGUGCUCACGCAGCUCAUCAAUGUGACCUUCCUCCCGGUGAUCCUUAGCGCUUUCGGAGGACCGAAACUUGAAGACGCAGGCAGAAUGUUUUGUCCUGCAAUCCAACAUCAACACUUGGGUGGUGUUUCUGUCAGUGAUAAUCCUUCACGCUCGUUCAUGUGGUGGCGUUUACACGCAGGUGUGCUGGAGGUGUCGGACGUCGAGAUGCGCACCAUGCGCGACGCCUUGCAGUACCUGAAGGAGGCGACCGACUCCGCGCGCGCGCUGUGCCAGAAAGACGACUCGUUCCUGCUGGUCGACUGGCGAUGGGUACAGCGCAACACGUUCCUGAGGAACCCGCUCGAGCACACGUUCCGCUUUCAGUCUGCCAUGAGCACUGGUUGUGUCGUGCGGCUUCGAAGGGUCCCCAGACGCAUCGAGACCUUGGCUGUCGAAAAUGUGCUCCGGAUCGAGCAGGUCAGCUACGCUCGACAGUACCGCCAGGGGAUCAUUCAGCAGAGGACCAAGUUGACCCUAAUCGCCGCACUUCAGUACCCAUUCGAUAAGAAAGUGUACUUGGACAUGGAUAUCAUUGGGUCUAUACUGGCGAUACCACAAUGGGUCAUCUGGCUGAAAGAGAGCUUGGGUACGGCCAGUGAUAAGGGACUCAUCGAGGACACGUCCAGCGUGUCUGAGACUGUGCAACGGGCGCUGCGUGAGCGUGUGGUCGAGCUGUUCGAGCACGCGUACUACGAGGUGGUCAUCACCAGCUCCACGAUGGCGGUCGUAUUCGUGUUGGCCGGCCUGAUGCGCAUCGGGAUGCUGAUGCCCCGGAGCAACGCCUUCAUGGGCGCCAUCACGGUUGAGGCCCUGUACCUCGCCAUGUUCACCAUCGAGGUCACCGUCAUGGUAUCGGCGUACGGGCAGCGCGUCAUGAACAUGGACAACUACAACCGGCUGGAUGUGGCGUUGGUCGCCGUGUGCAUGUUCGUCUUCGCGCUCCAGUGUGGCCUGUUCCUCACCAAUCAGAACCAGGUGGCCAGCAACGCGCUCAUCAUCUGCUUCAUUGUGGUCAUCUCGCUGCGCUUCUCCCAUACCAUCAAGUACGCGGAGCUUCUGUUCGAGCGCAUGGCCGAGAUGAUGCACCGCUACCUAGACGCGAAGAUCUACGACGCGUACGAGAUCGGCCACGCUAUCGUCACCGGCGAGGAAGAGGUGCAGCGGAGCGCCUGGAAGUUUGUCAAGAACGACAACAUCAUGGCCGAAAUCCGCGGACGCGCCACGCUCAACCGCCUGCUCGUGAUGCGAAAGCUCGUCGAGAUUCAGUCUCGCUUUCCGGACAUCAUGGUGGCCUUUCGUAGUCGUCAGGCGAGCACCACCAUCUUGGACGACGUGCUUAAAAGCGUGCAGGAGCACCAGGCUGAAGGGCUGCUAGACACUGAAGCUGUCCACGACCUGCGCGCUAUGAUCAAGGCCCGGCGCAUGCGCGUCAUCGCUGGACCCUGCAGCCUGCCGACCAGCUACAAGCCCAUCGCCAUGCUGCGCGUUAUUCCCUGGAUAGACUCGGACAGCGUGCGACAGUUCCUCGCGAUCCAAAUCCGGCCGGUCUCCUUCGCCCCCGGCGAAGUGAUCGUGGAGCGAGGGGAGGAGAACCCCAUCUUGCUCACUUACUCCGGGAUCCUCAAGAUCGAAGGUGAGUUUGUGAACCCCCGGGACGGCUCGCUGCCCAACUCGGUGUCGCAGCUGUUCUUCUACAACGAGGGCUACUUCGUGGACUACGUGAGCGCGCCCGCCUGCCUUGGUGUCUUGGGACUCGUCACGGACGAACCUUCCAUCACGCGCGUGGUCGCCGAGACGCAGAUUUAUGCGUACGUGGUACCAAGGGAGCGCGUCAUGGAGGCAAUACAGAUCUUCACCAGGCCUCCGAGCUUUCUGUACCAGAUUUGGUCUUACAUUGCCCGGAUCAUCGCCUUCAUGGUACUACAGGCGCACCCGAAAUACCAGGCGUGGCCCCUGGACAAGAUCAGUCGCAGGCUGGAAUCCUUCCUCUUGCCGGACCUUGAACGCUCUUCGAAGUUCAACUUGACCGCGGAGAUCGAGGACGCCAUCUUGAUACAGGGCACUGCCCUCGAUCCCGACACGCAAUGUUCUUUCGUCGCUCCAAUCUACCUGUCAUCACAAACGAUGAAGAUUACCUUCCCGUUUUACCAGGACCGAAUGCGCCCGGUGUUGCUGAUAAUCGCCAGCAAGGACUACAAGCUUCCGCCGGAAGUGGACUGGCUCCUGCCUAAAGGGGACGACGAGAAGCAGAACGAAUACGAGGAAGACUUCAGAAUAUUAAACAGCACAGCGGAACGGGGCGACGACUUAGCGAAUAAGGUCGAAUCACACCGUCAAAGUGUGGACUUAUAUUGAGAGAUGGUGCAAAAAGCUGGGACGAGACGACGAAUUUGCUUAGCUGUAAUGCAAAGCGUUCGUCUUUGGUUACUGCCGCAUGUUUACUUCUUCAUAUUCGACAACAAUUUCGUGUAUUUAUGGGCCGAAAGAAGAGAGAAAAUAAUGUUAUUCCGAAUAAACUACAUUCUUGGCGC